CUUGUUACUUCUCUUAGAGAUGGAAUGAAUCUUGUGAGUUAUGAGUUUGUUGCUUGCCAAGCAUCCAAGAAAGGAGUCCUCAUUCUGAGUGAGUUUGCAGGUGCAACACAAUCGCUCGGUGCUGGUGCUAUUUUAGUAAAUCCAUGGAAUAUCACAGAAGUUGCUGCUUCCAUUGCUUAUGCUUUGAAUAUGCCAGCUGAUGAAAGAGAAAAGAGACACCAGCAUAAUUCCAUGCAUGUAACAACUCAUACAUCUCAAGAAUGGGCUGCAACCUUUGUUAGUGAACUUAAUGAUACUAUUGUGGAAGCUCAACUGAGGACUAGGCAAGUUCCACCUCUACUUCCUAUGAAAGAAGCCGUUGAUCACUAUUUGGAAUCCAAUAAUAGAUUGCUUAUACUGAAGGAAUAACAAAUAUACUGGUAGAAAUGAAUGUUAUAGCACCACAUGCUUUUGUUUCAUAAGUUUGGU